AUAAAUGAGUUCUCAUUCAAUGGUGCUCAUUCAGCCUCAUUGUUAGUUUUUGCUACUACAAUCUAUAAAAUUUGGGAAAAUUCUCAAUACUUGAAAUCCGCCCAGUAUGUAAAAGCCUUUGGCUUUGCAGCCUUUGCUAUCUACAUUCAAUGGUGAGAUAAUGCAGGGAAGCCAUAUUUUUAUCGCAUGGUGGAUCAAAAUAUGGAGACGGUAUUUACGUGGUUCGAGAAACCUUCAAUGUCUGCUUCUAUUUUUUAUUGGUGCUUGUUUUUUCGCUGGUUUCAAAGCUUGGAAUUAUCAUUCAUCUAAGGUAUACAAUCUCCAUUUGUCUAAAAUAAAGAAGAGACUGUUGUACUACUGCAAUCCACCUGGACCUCCAUUGGGGAAUGAGCAAAAUCCCCCCUUUGAAUACGGUCAAUUCAAACUGAAGCAAGUUCAUGUCAUAGCACGACAUGGGGAUCGGUCAUCUGUGGCUAGAAAAUUUGCAGACCUGAAACAAUUUAAUUGCAAUAUUAAGUCUCCUAAUGUUCCGCAUGCUACAAAACUCAAAACAUUGAUGGAAAUUGUAAAGUAUUUGAAAAUUGUGAGGAUAGCUCAAGAAAAGGAAAAGCCUGAAAAUUUUUAUCUUUCCAACAGACAAAUUUGCAAGCCUGGUCAGUUGACACCACUUGGUUAUCUUCAACAUAUCUUUCUUGGCGAAUACAUGUUGACUGUGUAUGGUCGAAGAUUGGAUUUAAGUAUAGCUAGUGUUGAGGAGGAUGAGAUAUUGGUAUAUGCAACACCAAUUUCACGGACACAGCAAAGUGCUGCUGGAUUCCUUUCGGGAAUGUUUGGGCAGUUGCUUUUAAAGGAAAUUGCUGGCAAUAACCAAGCCAUUGUAAAUGAUAGUGUUUUAUUAAAGGUGAGGGUAUCCACUGAUCCUUUGGGAUACUUCAGAGAAGAGGAAAAUGGGUAUAUAUCAUCCUGUCCAGUACUCAAGCUCAUUCUCACGAAACCCAAGAGUUCUGUUACAUAUAAGAAUUUCAAACCUUUGUUUGAUAAAAUAGCCAAGAUUUUUGAUCUUUCAAGAGAGAUGAUCCCAUCAGUUACUCAUUUAUUUGAUACAGUUGCCACACACUUUUGCCAUCAACAUCUAAUGCCUUGUGGCCCUGGGGGGUGUAUGGAUGAUGCCCUAAUAUCAGAUAACUUGCAAGCACUUCAUUGGGAACUUGCUGACAGAUUCACUCCAAUUGCCAAGGUAGCCAGUCAUCCUCUUCUUUCAAAGAUAACACAAAGUAUGCUCACAUGUGCCUCAGGGGAUUGCCAUGUAAAGUUUGUCCUUUUUGUAUCACACGAUACUGUUGUAUCCCCAUUGUUAAUUGAUUUGGGCGUGCUGCCUAAUGAAUGGCCUGCAUAUGCUGCAAGAAUAGUUUUUGAACUUUGGGAGGCUGGUGAAAUGGUUAGUAAUAAUCUUUCUGGAGAAGAUGCACUCGAUAAGCAUUUUGUGAGAGUCUUGUACAAUGGACAUGACUACACAAGCAGAAUUACGUUCUGCCAGAAGACUUUGAAAUUUGGAAAGUUGUGUCCCCUGCGAGCACUAGUCCAGGCUCUUACUGGUACAUCAGAUAACAUGGAAACAGAGUAUAGGAAAUUAUGUGGUUUCACUUAAAAUAUUGAAUAAAAGAACUGGUGAUAUUCUAGCUAUUUGCUGAACAAAAGAUUUAGUGGAUAAUGCCCCAUACAAAUACUGGUUACAAUUAUUUUUUUAAGCCAGAGAGGACAAGUACAUAUUCUGGUAUAAUUUUAUGUAUUCAAAAACCAAAAAAAUAUUUGUCUUUAGACAAUGUGUGUAUUACCUAGGGAACCUGAAAUACAUAAUUAAGAACUUUCAUAGCCAAUCACCUAUUCAUCAACCAAACAUCGGUACAUCUUAUGUGUAUUACUAAGUUAAUCAAUGUAAUGUAUCACAGUUGUUAAUAAUUCACUAGGUUCUAAGAAGCUCCAAAUGCAGCUUGUUUGGCUUUGAA